AUGGAAGAGCGUGAUGAAAUAACGGCGACGUCAUUUCGCGUUGUGGUCCUUGAGGAAAGGCCGUACUCUUUUGAAGAGUGCGCAGCACAGCAGGUUCGGAGCUCUGUGCGGGUGACCCACAUCGCCUUCACACCACCUACUGUGGAGGAAGUUGAAUCGUACGUGAAAAGGCAACAACAAACAAGGAAGCAGAAGCUCUCCUCAAGAGUUAAGACAUACGGUGAUGCCGCGUUGCGUCAGAUAACCCUUGCAAACCUCACGACACUUUGUGCUUCAGGGAAGAUGGAGAGCCACACGGUUGCGUGCUUUCCGUGGGGUUUUCCCGGAAACUGUGGCACAGUUGCGGGGCCCCUCAAUCUCGAAAGUGAGGGCAGCAGCAAGAGAACAAUCGGCGCUGACAAUCUUUUCCAGCUUGAGCAGGUGCGGCUUGGUGGAGUGUACACCGUGGUGCUUCCCCGCAUGAGUGACUUGUGCAGCAAUGUGGACAUACGAUUUGAUGUGGAUGGUUUUGUGCAAUUGGAGGUGGUAGGGCCUGGAAGUGUUACCUUCUUCGGAGAACAGUACUCGUCACUGAUACCAGAAUGGCUUAAUCAUCACUUCUUUAAUGUGGAGGAUGGUGAAGAACAUGAGGAAGACUCUGACGAGGAUGACAUCGCGCAGAUGUAUAGGCUGAUUCGUUGA